UUUGAGAACCUUGGACAUUGUGCUGCAAGGCCGCUGCAGCUGUGGUUCAACCUGAAUCUCAUCUGCAACAUGGCACCUGAGGAGUAUGACUGCAUAGUCAUAGGAGCUGGAAUACAAGGGUCUUUUACUGCCUAUCACUUGGCCAAAAACAAGAAGAAAACUCUUCUGCUGGAGCAGUUUAUCCUGCCACACUCUCGGGGGAGCUCCCAUGGCCAGACCAGGAUCAUACGUAAAGCUUAUGCAGAGAACUUCUAUGCGUCCAUGAUGGGGGAGAGCUGUGAGCUCUGGACCCUGCUGGAAAAAGAGGCAGGAGUGACACUAUACAGGCGUACAGGGCUGUUAGUGAUGGGUCCGGAGAAUGGGAAGGACUUCCAGCUCAUUAAGAGCACAAUACAGAGCAACAGGGUUCCUGCCGUGGUGCUGCAGAGGCAUGAGUUCAGCCAACAUAUCCCCAACGUCAACCUGACCCAUGGAGACGCAGCAUUUGUGGAAACCGAUGCUGGAAUUCUGUAUGCAGAUCGAGCUGUCAGAGCAGCACAGAUGGUUUUCCAAGGACAUGGUGGGGUAAUAAAAGACAGACAGAAAGUGGUUCAAAUCGAGCCUGGCUCUAUGGUCACCGUGACGACCGGGUCUGGCGUGUACAGGGCAAAAAGCCUGGUGAUCACAGCGGGUCCCUGGGCCAGCAGAGUCCUCCCACUCACCGGACUGCAGCUGCCACUGAAGGUGGUGAGGAUAAAUGUGUGUUACUGGAAGGAAAAGGUUCCGGGCUCCUACAGCGUCACUAACCGCUUCCCCUGCUUCAUCCAGAUACAGCCAAAGGAGGCGGAGCACGAUAUCUACGGCCUCCCUUCCAAUGAGUAUCCAGGACUAAUGAAGUUAUGCUACCACAUGGGCAGCGAGACAGAUCCGGAUGAGAGGGACAGACAGACAGACAGAAGUGACGUGGACAUCUUGAGUCGCUACAUCAGCCGCUGCUUCCCCGGCCUCGUUCCCGAGCCUGCUGUAGUGGAGAGCUGUUUGUACACGGUCACACCCGACCACCACUUUGUCCUGGAUCGUCAUCCCACCUACAGCAACAUAGUGAUUGGAGCUGGAUUCUCAGGCCAUGGCUUCAAGUUCGGCCCCGUCGUGGGGAAGGUGCUGAGUGAGCUAAGCAUGGGGCAGGUUCCCUCCUAUGACCUUUCACCUUUCAGCAUCAGACGCUUCCACACCCAGCCCAAGUCUGCUCUGUGAGACCACAAUCUGUAAAUUCACACAGCUUUUGUGUAAUCAGCAGAUUAAUAAUGCCUACUGCACUGUGGUCAUUUGAAGAAAACAUAAGAAGCAACUGAUUGGCCUGGACAAAAUGUUGAGUUUCAAUCAAUGAAUGCACAUUGACUGUACAUAAUUACUAUCAUGUGUAACAAGUGCAUAACAUCCUACACCACUAUACACCACUACACAUAUGGACUGGAUCUCACAGUUUCCAAUGCAAACCUUGCUGUUCAUGAGUUUUGCUGCUGUCAGACUGUCAUAGCAUGGUAAAUAUAAUUUUUGACUUAA